UGAGCGGGUCUGCUGGAUGGCUUCUUGCUCGUAAAAAUGAUACCCUGAAUGUUGUCGAAGUUGCCACAUCUUUUUUCUCUCCUCUGUUAGAGUGUUUCAGUUUGGAAGAACACAAUGGGACUGUGGUCAUUUUGGAGUGUUUCCCUUUUUGCCUGCGUAUUUCUGAACCCCUUUCACUCUAAGUUUGUGGCUCAAGCUGAAAUAAGUUCUCUGAAAACAAACGACAGAUUUUAUCGCCUGGAGGUUAAUCAGCUGGAGGCACUUGUAACCCGAGAAUCAAAGGAGGUCAAAGUCGACAGUAGUACUAAAGUUUUGAGCGCUUUUCAAUCGAGAGAAGUCGUUGCUUUGAAAGCGAACGAUGGCAAGCAAGUGGAGAAAGAAACACAAAGCGGACUUGAAAACGAGGCACUGAUCGCCAACAAAACGGCACUAAACUGUCUGACCAUUCCCACAAUACCUGGAAAAAAGUGUACUAACAUUUCCGAAGACAACCAAGGACGACCCACAGCGAAUAUAGUGAUAGAAAACUCAUUUCCCGACACGAGAAAAAGAGUAAAAAGGGGUUUAAGUACAAACGCCGAAAAUCUGGAUAGGAGUAUUCAUGGAGAAGCGCAGUCCACAGAGAGGUUUGUGGAGACUGUCCAGGGUGUUUCCAGCUCCCGACCCGAGUACCGGCGCACUGGGGACGAAGGCAAAGGGUCUAACCCGAGGCAAAGUGAGCCGCACCUGGACACGUCCACUUUUGCUCUAUCGGGGGACUCUGCGCACAACCAGGCGAUGGUGCACUGGUCCGGACACAACAGCAGCGUGAUCCUGAUCUUGACUAAGCUGUAUGACUUCAACCUGGGGGCUGUUACUGAGAGCUCACUGUGGAGGUAA